AUGGGGCCCUGCCAGCGGGUGCUCACCAACACCAUUCACUUCUUUGACGUUCACACCGACGCCAUCGAUAUUGUCCAACUUGACAGGACAGAGGCAGUCAAAGUCCUUUGGGCGGGGAGGGUGGACGCCCUUGUGAUUCCACCGCAAAUUGGCUACCUUGCUGAGUUUCAGGAAUGGGACACGCUUCUUCUAGUGGAGUACCUGGCGGGGGCCUCGCUGCAGCCUGAGGACUUGGCCGGUGCAGUUGCAAAGGACCGGUUGUUGGACCAGCAGGCGCCAGCUCAUGGAGCCGCGCAGAUGACAUGGAUGUGCAUCAUCCAAGCGGACCUGCUCAGCUGCUAG